GUUUACAUUAAAUGCGUGGCAUGACGUAUCCCAACCAGGCCUCCGCGCUAAAAUUUUCAACGUUUAACACGCAUCACCGUUUGGUUAUGAAGCAGACACACCCACCUGUUGGUAACUCAAAAGGUCUUGUAUUAAGGCUCAAUUUGAUAUUACGUACGCGAUAUAGGUACGUUUUCUUGUUUACGUCAGUAGCUGCUCAUACGACAGGUUUAGUUUUUAGCGGCUAUGCCCCCUUUUGCUAGCCAGUUAACGUUCGUCUUACAUAGUGAUUUAUCGUGCGUUUGCUUAGGAGGAUAGUUAAACCAAUAAAUACGAUGUUAUUGAGAAAUUUAUGCAGAGCGACGUUGAAAUAUAAUAUUAGAUAUUAUUCAGUAAAAUCUUUAAAUAAAUCGCCACCAAAAAUAUUGAUCACCGGGGGUCUAGGUCAACUCGGUGUUGAAUGCGCAAAGUAUCUACGCAACAAAUAUGGAAGAGAAAACGUUAUAUUAUCAGAUAUUAUCAAACCGUCUAAAGAGAUAAUCAACGAUGGACCUUACAUAUUCGUGGACAUUUUGGACUUUAAGGGACUACAAAAAGUAGUCGUGAACCACAGGGUUGAUUGGCUUAUUCACUUCUCGGCUUUGCUCAGCGCAAUUGGUGAACAGAAUGUGCCUUUAGCAGUCAGAGUUAACAUAGAAGGAAUGCACAACGUGAUCGAGUUAGCGAAACAGUACAAGUUGAGGAUUUUCGUACCUAGCACAAUUGGAGCGUUUGGGCCAGAUUCUCCAAGAAACCCGACGCCAAAUGUCACGAUACAGAGGCCGAGGACGAUUUAUGGCGUGUCGAAGGUUCACGCGGAACUGUUGGGAGAAUACUAUUACCACAAAUUUGGACUGGAUUUUCGCUGUUUGAGAUUUCCCGGUAUUAUUUCUAGCGACCCACCCGGAGGAGGGACAACCGAUUAUGCUAUUGCCAUUUUCCACGAGAUAAUUCGUAAAGGUCAAUACAAGUGCUAUUUGAAUCCACAAACGCGGCUUCCAAUGAUGCAUUUGAAAGACGCGCUAAGGGCUCUAUCAGAGUAUUUGGAGGUACCAAAUGAACAACUCCUCAGAAGAUGUUAUAAUGUCACUGCAAUGAGCUUCACACCAGAAGAAUUGGUACAGGCCAUGUCGAAACAUGUACAGGAAAUCAAAAUAAGCUAUCAACCUGACAGUAGACAAGAAAUAGCGGACACGUGGCCGCAGGUGUUCGACGACAGCGAGGCGCGACGCGAUUGGAACUGGAGGCCAGAGAUCGACCUAGACAACCUCGUCAAACUCAUGUUCGAUGAAGUCAGAGAGAAAGUGGAAGCGAACGGAUACUCCAGCUAACAUCAACAAAUACGGUGUAGCUAAAAGGGGGCAGGUGUGGGCACAUCUGCCCCCUUCUAGCUACGGCUUUUUUAUGGUUGGUUAUGGGAGAUAGCGUGCCCACCCUAUUAACCUCUCUGUCCGUCCUAGAAUAGGAAAAAAUACUAUACGGUUAAAAAAAUCUGAAUGUCGAAGUUUAACUGGACGGCUGGGCAGCCUAGGGAAAAGAAACAAAUGCCUAGCUUAGCCAAUGUCGAAGAAAUCAAAAUCUAAGCGCUUCCAGAGUUCUUAUAUCUACAUAACGAUUCUAGAGGGCGUCUUGCUGUAAAAUGCUCCUGUCAAUAUCCUGCUGUUGGCUGACUAUGGUGCUACUGUUGACUGAAUCACAAGUGUUAAAAUGAAAUUGAUCUAUCUUUAUAGGAAUGUUUAAAACAACUAAUAGGUAUAAAAAGUUUUCAGAAAAAAUAAAUUCUGAAUAAAACAAUGAGAAGAUUUUAUUUUUCUUUCUGGAUAGCCAUACAACCUUUUCCUCAUUGCGUUGCAAACAAAUUGAAAUAUACUAUGGUUUUUUUAUAUCAACUAUUAUUCAUGGGCAUUAACUAAAACUUAACUAGACUUAAAACUA